AUGGCUUAUAGAUUUGCGUGCAGGGCUGAGCAAGAUGGUUCAUUGCUCUGGGUACACCUCUAUGGAUCGGACCACUUAUCUCUUGGGUCGAUGAUCGCCCCUGGAAAGCUGAUCGAGAUUGUGCGUGCAAUGGUGUGCAAACACGAAACUUUUGGGCCCAUCAUUCGUGUGAUCCCAGCAUCUGGUAGCGCUUGGAACAUUCAGCCGAGAUUUUACUUCACUGAAAGGAAGGAGAAGAAGAGUCGGUUUAAUGGUGUUGUCGGCCCUCGGAAAAACAACCAUCAAACACGAGCUGAGCUCUUUGGAUCACCUUCCAGUCAUAGUAAUAGUUAUAAUCGAGAACAGCAGACUGCAUUACUUUUUGAGCAACAAAAUGAUCUCCGGAUGGAAGAACUUGCCUCAAAGGUGUCUGCUUUGAACAAGAUCACUGUUGAUAUUCAUAAUGAGGUUCAUGGACAACAUGCGAUAUUAGAUCAAAAUACAAAUUCGUUUAAUAAUUUUGGAACAACGUUUGCAGGUACCAUGAAGAAACUCAACACGAUGGCAUCCCAACAGUUGGGCAAGAGUAUGUGUUUCAUGGUCAGCGCAAUCGUUAUCAUCUUUUUCAUCGUUUAUUUUAUUCUGUCAAGAAUGAACUCUACAUGAGUGAGGGCAAG